GUUGACGCCUUCCGUCGUCAACCCUCCCUCGAAACAAAUGUCUCUUUCUUUCGUUCUUUCUAUAUAUCUGCCGGCACGAGAUACGGAUUAGUUCAUUGCCUCCGAUUGAUUCAGAGUGAUUUUCCUGCAAUCUGAGAAAGAAACAGGCGAGCGAAGAUGUCGUUGAAACAGGAUUGUGGUCACCACCACCAUCACAACUGGAAGAAGCUAUUUUCCCGGCGAGUAUUCGUCGUGAUUUUCGUAUUCGUCAUUGUGAUUCUGUUCGCCAUCUUCCUUGUAUGGGCGAUCCUCCGACCCUCCAAGCCCCAGUUCACACUGCAAGACGCUACCGUAUACCAGUUAAACAUCUCCGACGGGAAUUAUCUCACCUCAAACUUUCAAGUCACAGUCUCAUCGAGGAAUCCCAACGGCAAUAUCGGUAUCUACUACGACAGACUCGAUGUAUACGCGACGUACGGUAAUCAGCAGAUCACCCUUCCGACUAGAUUGCCGCCCACCUACCAGGGUCACAAAGACAUCAACGUCUGGUCUCCGUUCGUCUACGGCAUGUCUGUGCCGAUUGCGCCUUACCUCGCCGCCUCGUUUUAUCAGCAGCAUAAUUUCGGGACCGUCUUCAUCAAAAUCAAGAUUAAUGGACACAUCAGGUGGAAGGUGGGUACUUGGAUCUCCGGGGGCUAUCAUAUCUACAUCAACUGUCCGGCUUAUAUCACCUUUGGCAGUCGGAACACAGGGAUUCCCGUCGGAACGGCCUUCAAGUACCAGCUGGUACAAUCCUGCGGCGUCGAUGUCUGAACUCUCAACUCUGAAGCAAGCAAUCGCCGCUAGUAACUUCACUCUCCGCCUCUCUCCUCAUGACGCCGUUAGUUGUUUGUUUGUUUUUUUUUUUUCUUCUUUUAAAGUGUGCUUCAGAAUGAAAUUUCACUCCAUGUGAUCGCAAAAGAGGUAAUUUUGGGUUGUAAUUGUACAUUUCAAUAAAAAGAAAGGCAAGCAAAAGAAGCAAAAAUUUCAAGGGUUGUUAUAUUAUUAAUCAAAUAGAAGAAAAUUUCCAUUGAAAUAUUAUUAGAAAGAAAAUUCCUUUGGCUUUUC